CAUCAUCAUCAUCAAGAUUUGUUAUCACUACUAAUGUGAAAGUAUUUUCUAAUACUACAUAAUUGUUCAAAGUGUAUAUCUUGGAAUCAAAUUCUCAACUUCCCCUGCCUAUUUAAGGCUAAAAAUAUAAAAAGUUGAGUAAAUGGUUACCUUUUCCACUCUUUCUUACCUUCUUUCCUUCAUUUCAGUUCUGCAGAAUCCUAAUUCAUCAGCUUCUUUUCUUUCUUAAUCACCAGAAUUUUCUGAAAGAAGCAGAUAAAACUGCAUCAUCAUCAAGAUUUAUUAUCACUAAUGUGACUAAUGUGAAAGUAUUUUCUAAUACUACAUAUAAUUGUUCAAAGUGUAUAUCUUGGAAUCAAAUUCUCUAAACUUCCCUCUUUAAGGCUGAAAACUAUAAAAAGUCGAGUACUUGGUUACCUUUUCAGCUCUUUCUUACCUUCUUUCCUCCGAAUCAGUUCUGCAGAAUCCUAAUUCAUCAGCUUCUUUUCUUUCUCGAUCACCAAUUCACCAGAAUUUUCUGCAACAGCAACAGCAGCAGCAACAGCAGCAGCAGCAGCACCACCACCACCACCACCACUACCACCAGAAGCAGCAGCAGCAGCACCACCACCACCACCACCAGCAGAUAAACAUGUCGAAGGAGGAAAGGAAGCUGAGUGGAACAAUAGGAUAUGCCAUCCCCUCCAACAAAGUCGAGACCGUAAUUCAGCCUUCUUUGAUUGUGCACGCUAGAGAACGAGGAAUCCAUCUUAUUCAAGUUCAUGUUGAUAAGCCACUCAUUGAACAAGGCCCCUUUGACUGCCUAGUCCACAAGGUUUACGGGGAUGAAUGGGAUGCUCAGCUGACUCAGUUCAAAUCCAAAUACCCGACUACUGUCAUCUUUGAUUCCCUCACUGACAUUGAACGGCUCAACAACCGUGUUUCCAUGCUUGAAUUGGUGAACCAUCUUCCUGUUCUUGUUCAGCAAUCAGACACUGAAUCUUAUUCCUUUGGGAUACCUAAACAGGUAGAGAUUAAAGCAAGUAACGACUCACCAGAAUCAUUGUUGACUACUAUGGAUGAGGAGGAGUUGACUUUCCCAGUGAUUGCCAAACCUCUGUCUGCUAAGUCCCACGAGAUGUCCCUCGUGUUCACCUUCCACGGGUUGAAGAAAGUCAAACCACCUGUCGUGCUGCAGGAAUUCGUGAACCAUGGAGGAGUCCUUUUCAAGGUUUAUGUGGCUGGAGACCAUGUCAAAUGUGUCAAAAGGAAGUCUUUACCUGACUUUCUUGUUUCUGAUUCUGAUACUGCUGCUCAAUUUGAAGAUAUCAUGCCAUUUUCUCAAAUUUCAAACUUUGAUUCUGGGGAUGAAGAUGAUGAAUCCAUAAAAGAGGCUGAGAUGCCCUCAUUGGGUUUCAUUCACAGUAUAGCAAAAGGGUUGAGAGAGGCUUCGAAGCUUCAUCUUUUUAAUUUUGACAUGAUUAAAGAUGUAAGGGAAGAAAACAGGUAUCUUAUUAUUGACAUUAAUUACUUCCCAGGUUAUGCUAAAGUGCCAGGAUUCGAGACCAUGUUGACUGACUUUUUCUGGGAUGUCAUCAACACGAGAAUGAAGGUGAUGCGGGUCCCACUGCUCGUGUGGAUACUGGAAAAGAUGGUGGAGGAGUCAAAGCAGAGUGUAGCUCAGAAGCUGCAAACCUAGAAAUGCAUAAGAAUGAGAUCGAGCUGUUUAACUGUACUGUAUAACCAUGUAACAAGUACUUCUGUUCAUGUUAAUUAACCGAACCAUUAACACAAUAGGGUUCUUGAUAACACGACAAUAAAAAAGGGUGAUUAGUAUGUAUUAAGGUUACAAUUACAGUUUUUUCAUGGUUAGCUUAUGAUACUUUACAAUCACUGUAUCAGAGGACCAUUAAGUUUAAGUUAAUAACAACCCAGAAAACCCCUACUUGGUAAAUGCACGUUUACAUCA